UAGAGCCGAUUUUGUAUGGAGACAGAAUGGCUGAGAGGACCAAGGCUGCGCAUACUCACCUUCCCAGAAAUGUCCCGGAACUCCUACAGUGGAAACAUGACUUUCGGGUCUGACUGGAUUUUGGAGUGCACCACCAUGGCUGAUCACACAUCUCCUGAUUACUUCAGCUGCUCCCUGUGUGCGAACCUUCUCAAGGACCCCGUGGCCAUCCCCUGUGGCCACAGCUUCUGCAUGGAUUGCAUCAGCGGCUACUGGAACGAGGCUGAUUACACGGGGAUUUACAUUUGUCCCCAGUGUAAGAUCACAUUCACCCAGAGGCCCGUGCUGCGGCCCAAUGCCACCCUUAGCAUGGUGGCUGAGAAGAUCAAGAAGAGCGGCUUGAACAUCAGCCUGAGCACGUCCCAGGGAAAUGUCUACGCCGGGCCAACCGACGUCCCGUGUGACUUCUGCACCGGAAAGAAACUAAAAGCUGUGAAGUCCUGCCUGAACUGUCUGGCAUCUUACUGCGAGAAGCACCUGAGGCCGCAUUACGAGUCGGCCACCUUCAAAAGGCACAAGCUGGUGGAUGAAUUGGGAAACCUGGACAGGAAGAUCUGCCCGCAGCACCAGAAGUCCUUGGAGCUUUUCUGUCGAACGGAUCAGAUGUGUAUCUGUGCUUUGUGCACAGUCAGCGAACACAGGGGCCACGACAUAGUGUCCGCUGAGGCAGAGAGAGGCGAGAAGCAGAAACUGUUGGGAGUCUCUCAAACUGAGAUAAGACAAAAAUGUCAGGAAAGGAUGAAGGAGCUGGAGGAACUCAAGACUGCUGUGGAUUCACUGAAGAACUCGGCUCAGAGAGCCAUGGUGGAGAGCCAGAAGAUGUUUGAGGACAUGAUCCGCUCCAUCGAGAGGAUGAGGUCAGAGGUGACCAAGCUGAUUGGCAUCAACGAGAAGGCUGCUUUCAACCAAGCCGAGACUCUGAUCGAGCGGCUGGAGCAGGAGAUCGAUGAGCUGAAGAAGAAGGAGUCCGGCCUCAAGCAGCUGUACAGCACCGAAGACCAUAUCCACUUUCUGCAGAACUUCAACUACCUCUGCACCCCCACUGAUGAUGGCUUCAUACCCAAAGUGACAGUUAACCCCGACUUCUCCUUCGGAGCGGUCAGGAAGGCCGUGGCAGAGAUUAAGGAGCGCCUGGAGGAGUUUGGCAGGGAGGAGCUGCUUAAAAUUUCCAAGACAGUGAACGAGGUUCCGGUCUACACUACAGAGAGCAGAACUCUGGAACGAAGGAGCAGAGGCAAAGAAAUGACAUCGAUGGUGGUGGACAACACACCGCCCCCAGAGCCAAAGACCAGAGCAGAAUUUCUCAAACACUUCUGCCAGCUGAAACUGGACCCCAGCACAGCCUACAAAGAGCUCUUCAUCUCUGAUAACUACAGAAAAGUCAUCCGCACCAGGGACCUGCAGCCCUACGGGGACAACCCGGAGAGGUUCGACAGCUUUGCCCAGGUGCUUUGCAGGGAGGCGCUGUCCGGAGGCCGCUUCUACUGGGAGAUCGAGUGGAGUGGGGAGUUCUCCAUUGGAGUGGCCUACAAGGGCAUCAGCCGAAAGGGCAAAGGCUCGCUGUGCCUGCUGGGCUACAACGACAAAUCCUGGAGCCUCCUGUGUUCCGACUCAGGUUACUCCGCCUGGCACAACCGGGUGGACAAACCCGUCAGCGGCCCCCACUCCUCCAGGAUAGGUGUGUACCUGGACCACACGGCAGGCGUGCUGGCCUUCUACAGCAUCGGCAGCUCCAUGACCCUCCUGCACAGGUUCAUCACCACAUUCGUGGAGCCCGUCUAUCCAGGUUUUGGAGUCGGAACCUCCGUCAAGAUCUGCAACCUCAAGUGAACUCUAUUGGAGACGUCUUCAAAAAAAUGUUUAUUUUUACAUUAUAUAUUUGCUACAAUCUUAAAAAUUAAAUGUUUUUUAAUGGAGGAAUUUUGAGUUAAAAAAAUAAACUCCACACACUGUAUUAUACUUUUGCACUGAGCUGUCAAACCAUGGCUUCCUAGGACAUUAUUAAUGACUCAAUAAUCACACAAGUCCAUUAUCCUCUAUUACCACAUGCAAGUGUCACUAUUAAAGGAUGAAUGUGGAAAUGUUUCUAUUAACAUUCACACCUCAACCAGCUUGAGCUAUUUAACCUAAAAUCAGCAUAAUGUGUAUAGACUUGUAGAUUUACAACAUAUUAGACCAUUAUAUUUCACAUAUUUGAAAUGGUUAAGUUUAUUAAACGUAUUAGUUUCAAUGAAGAGUAUUUUGUCAUUUCAUUUUGCCAUCUAUUCCCAUAUUUGACAUCAGUUUUUCCAAUUGAAUUUUUUAUUUAAUUUUUCCAUGUUUCUGUCAUAAACAACAGAAUGUAAUUUGCACUUGUUUUGUAACAAGAUAGUUCUGAAUAAAGAGCUGAACGCA